AUGUCGACUGACACUGAGAGAAGAGAAAGAGCAGAAGCUCGAGCUAGACAACGGCGAGCUCACAAGAAGUCGAGAAACGGCUGCAGCCAAUGCAAGAAGCGGCAUAUCAAAUGUGAUGAGAAGCAGCCGGCAUGUUCGGGCUGCGUGGUUGCUGGGCUUGACUGUCCAUUUGCAUCGGACCUUACUACUUUACAUGGCACCGUCCAAGCGAGUCCAGCUACAAGUAGCAAUGUAUCCACGAUCUCUCGGCAGAGUCCUCUGAUCACUGCAGCAUUGAGUCCUUCAACGCUAGGGCGCUUCAACUCAGGAAUCGAUUCAGCAGAUCGCUUUGAAGAUGUGGAUGUCAACAUGGUCCACCUACAGCUAUUCAGCCAUUUCAUGAGCGACACGAGCCGGACAUUCAUCAAGACGGAUAGCUCGUUGGAGGUCUACCAGAGAAAUCUGCGAGAAUGCGUCUUCAGCCAGCGAUAUCUCAUGCAUGAGGUCCUGUCGCUAGCAGCACUGCACAUGAGCCUUCAGUCGGCUAGCCAAAGUGCUGAACAAGGCAAGUGCUACCAACACUUAGCAACCACCUUACAGUCCAAGGCCUUGGCUGGCUUCAACGAGGCUGUGCAAGAGAUCAACGACACAAAUUGCUUGACUCUCCUACUCUUCUCUCAUAUGCUGGGCGUCCACUCCUUCUGCGAAGUCUUCAUCUCACAAGACGAAUCCUUCAGCAACUUCCUGACCCGCCUUCUUCAGGCAAUCCACCUACUUCGCGGUAUCAAUGCAGUAAUUCAACCAUGGUGGCACGUCCUAUCCACCACCGACAUGGUACAACUAAUGCGCGAAGGCGAAGCCCACCGCAUCGCCACAGAAUCCCUCGAAACCACCGUACCACACCUGCACAACUUGAUCGCCACAGCAGACAUCAGUGAAACCAGUCUCUGCAUUUAUCGAGAAGCCCUUCGUCGAUUAGAUGCAGCUCUUCAUGGGUCAGAACUUCGAGAUGACAUCAAUAUUGUGUUUGCAUGGCUGGUCACCUCGCCGAAAGAGUAUACAGAUCUUUUGGCUGAGCGCAGACCAGAGGCCUUGGUGUUGUUGGCUUAUUAUGCUCUGGUCUUGCAUAGACGACGCAGUUCGUGGCUUAUUGGGACGGCUGGGCAGAGGAUGUAUGGAUGGAUACGUAAUUACCUGGGCGAGAGAUGGGUGGAUUGGCUACCCUCAGCAAACUUGUUCGAUACCACUCAAGACACUUGA